CGCCUUUCUCCCGCCCGCCCCAUCCCCGUUCCCUCGGUGGCGCGAUGGGCGCAGGGCUGCUCUGCCUGUACCUCUGCCUGUACCUCUGCCUCUGCUGGGCGACGGAGCCGCGGCUGCAGCGGGGCAUGCCAAAUGUCUGUCCAGUGUUUGAGCUGGCACUGGUAGGGCACCAACAGCCAUGUGUUCAAGCCUUCAGUCGUAUGGUCAAGAUGUGGAAACAAGGUUGCACAAGGAGGAGGUGGUGUAUGGGCUAUGAGAGAAGGUCUGGGUACUACACAGUUUACAAGCAGGUGUACAGAAUGGAGCAUCAGACUGUCUAUAAGUGCUGCCCGGGAUGGGUCCAACAUGACAAUGAACCUGGCUGUUUGCACUUGCUGUGCUCUGCUGGCACUUGCUUCAAUGGAGGGAAAUGUCCUGAAGCAGGAUCCCAGAUGUGCCAGUGUCCUGCAGGAUUUCAGGGUCCUCGCUGCCAGUAUGACGUGAAUGAGUGCACCACUGAGAACGGUGGCUGUCGUGACCAGUGCUGUAACACCAUUGGCAGCUAUUACUGCAAAUGUCCAGCUGGCCAGAAACUGGAGGAAGAUGGAAAAUCAUGUGGAGAUGUGGACGAGUGCGCGGUGGUGAAUGGUGGCUGCCAGCAAGACUGUGUCAACACGCACGGCUCCUUCCACUGCCAGUGCCAGGUGGGAUACAGGCUCCACACUGAUGGACGCACUUGCAUAGCCAUUAAUUCCUGCAGUGUUAACAAGGGGGGCUGCGAGCAGGAGUGUGUUCAGCUCAGUGAAGACCACUACAAGUGCCAGUGCCAGUCGGGCUACCAGCUGAAAAGGGAUGGCAAAUCCUGUGAAGACAUUGAUGAGUGUGCAGAAGGGAGAGCCAGGUGUGCUCAUCGUUGUGUGAACACUCUGGGAUCCUUCACCUGUGUCUGUAAUCCUGGCUUCGAGCUGGGGGCUGAUGGAAAGCAGUGCUACCGCAUCGAAAUGGAAAUUGUUGAUAGCUGCCAGGACAGCAACGGCGGCUGCUCUCACCACUGCGAGCACACGACUGCAGGGCCACGCUGCUCCUGCGACGAUGGCUAUCGCCUCGAUUUUGAUGGCAAAACAUGUGCAGAGCUGGACGAGUGCGAGACCGGAGAGUCCUGCUGCUCCCAGUUCUGCAUCAACUACGCGGGUGGCUAUGAGUGUGCCUGCAAAGCUGGCUUCCAGCCCAACGCCGACGGCUGCGCCUGCGACGAUGUGGAUGAAUGUCGUCUUGAUAAUGGCAACUGCGACCAUUUCUGUGUUAAUUCUCUGGGGUCGUACGAAUGUGCAUGUAAGGAGGGUUACAGGCUUGGUGUUAACAGAUGGUCCUGCAUUGCCCUAGGUGGGGAAGAGAUGGAUGUGGAGGAGGCAGCAGGGUUCGCUGGGGCUCCGGGGCUGCAGUUCAGAGGUCCCCCCCAGCUCCUUCGCUACACGCUUGGUGCCUUCUACGAGGAUGAACACCCACGAGGAGAGCUCACCCUGGUGCACAGGGUCGUUUGUCUUGAUAACACUUUUGGCAAUGACUGUAGCUUGAGCUGUGAGGACUGUCUGAACGGAGGCAGAUGUAACAGUGAACACAGUGGCUGUGUUUGCUCACCUGGAUGGACUGGCAUUAUCUGUAAUGAAACUUGCUCCCCCGGGACGUAUGGCAGAGGCUGUGCCAGCACUUGCAAAUGCCAGAACGGAGGCUCCUGCGACCCCAUCAUGGGGCAGUGCCGCUGCCCGCCCGGCGUGCUCGGCAAGCUCUGCGAGGAUGGUUGCCCAAAAGGACUCUUUGGGAAGAACUGUAACAAACCGUGCAACUGUGCCAACAACGGCUACUGCCACAGACUCUAUGGAGCCUGCCUGUGUGACCCCGGGCUCUACGGGCGCUUCUGCCAUCUUACCUGUCCCAGGUGGGCCUUCGGAGCUGGCUGCUCGGAGGAGUGUCAAUGCGUGAAAGAGCACACGCUGGAAUGCGAUGCGAGGAACGGGACUUGCACCUGCAAACCUGGCUAUCAUGGCAAAAAGUGUCAGAAAGAGUGCUCACCUGGCUUUUAUGGGGCUGGUUGCAAACUGAGGUGCAACUGUUCUACUGAUGUUUUGUGUGAUCGUGAGACAGGCAUCUGCAAACAUCCAUGUCCACUGGGCUUUCAUGGAGAAAAAUGCCAUUUAUUGUGUCAGCCGGGGAGCUUUGGGGUGAACUGUGAGCAGAGAUGCAGCUGUGGAGAAGCACCGUGCGAUCCGAAGACAGGACAGUGUAUUUGCCCAGCUGGGAAGACUGGUGCUACAUGUGAGCAAGAUUGCCCGGCGGGCUGGUGGGGACCAGACUGCCAGUUCUCCUGUGAGCCCUGCACCAACGGGGGCCAGUGCAACAGAGAAACUGGAGCCUGUGACUGUCCCCCCGGCUACACUGGGGCAUCCUGCUCUGCAUCCUGCCCCGAUGGUUACUAUGGACAAAAUUGCCUGCUGUUAUGCAGCUGUAGCAGCAGUGCUCAGUGUCACCACAUCACUGGAGAGUGCACAUGUCCCCCUGGCUGGACUGGCCAUGACUGCAAACAUGCCUGCGAUAGCGGUCGUUGGGGACAGCGCUGUGAAAACAUGUGUGUCUGCAAUAACAGCGACGGUAGCUGCGAUCCGAUCACCGGCUCCUGCUUUUGUGAGCCAGGGUUCACUGGGAAACACUGUGAAUGGAGAUGCCCUGAGGGAAGCUUUGGCCCGAGCUGUGAGUACAGCUGUCAGUGCCAGAACGGAGCUGCCUGCGACCACGUGAGCGGAGCCUGUACUUGCACGGCGGGGUGGACGGGGACCUUUUGUGGAAGAGCCUGUCCAGAUGGAUUCUUUGGGCUUGACUGCCACCAGGUGUGCAAGUGCAAGAAUGCUGCUGGCUGCGACCACGUCCUGGGAACAUGCCGCUGCCUCCCGGGCUGGCUGGGAGAGACCUGCGAGCAGCCCUGCCAGGGGAACAGCUAUGGGCCAGGUUGCAGCCACACUUGUGAAUGUCACAACGGAGCGCUCUGUCAUCACGUAACUGGGACGUGCCUUUGCAGAGCAGGGUGGAAAGGAGCCACGUGCCAAGAAGCCUGUCCUCCUGGAUGGUAUGGUGUGAACUGUCUGCAGCCCUGCAUCUGCCACGGCCAGGCGACGUGUGACCGUGUGACGGGAGAGUGCCUCUGUCCCCAGGGUUGGACGGGGAUAGCGUGUGAGUUGGAGUGUGGGGACGGGAGGCACGGAGCAGGCUGUGAGCAGAACUGUAGCUGCCACCAUGGGGUUUGUGACCAGCACUCAGGGAAAUGCAUCUGCCACGCCGGCUGGACUGGGGACCACUGUGAUGUUGUCUGUCCCCCGGGAUUUUUUGGCAAGCAGUGCGAGGAGCAAUGUAGCUGCGUGCACGGCUUGUCCUGCCACCAUCAAACUGGAGCAUGUCACUGUGAAAAGGGAUGGCGAGGGAGGCACUGUGACAAACCUUGCUUGCCCGGCCGCUACGGCACAGGCUGUGCCCACCGGUGCCGGUGUCCUGCAGGUGCCCCCUGCCAUCACCUGACGGGUGAGUGCAGCUGUCCUCCGGGAUUCACCGGCUACGGCUGCGAGAAAACUUGUCCACCGGGCACAUAUGGUAAGAACUGUAACCGAGUAUGUCAGUGCUCUGCUGAGAAUGAGGAAUGUCACCCGGUGACUGGUGACUGUGCGUGUCGCCCGGGGUACUAUGGCGCCCGCUGCAACGUCCGGUGUCCAAAAGGUACUUAUGGUUCAAACUGCCAAAACCCCUGUAAGUGCAUGAAUGGAGGCCACUGCAACCCUGCGUCAGGAACUUGUGAUUGCACGCCUGGUUUCAUUGGAGCCGACUGUAGUAAAACUUGCCCUGAAAAGCGAUAUGGGAAGGACUGCACUCUCUUCUGUGCAUGUGGUAAAGGUCAGUGUGACCCACGGACUGGCAAGUGUACCUGUCCUCCUGGCCAAAUGGGACCCAGCUGUCAGCAAGUGUGUCCCCAGGGACAAUAUGGCCCCAACUGCCACCUGACAUGUACCUGUCAGAAUGGUGGUAUCUGUGACCCCGUGGAUGGCAACUGCACUUGUGGGCUCGGCUGGACAGGAACAUCAUGUGAGAAAGCAGAAUGUCUCCCAGGAAAGUAUGGGUCUGGCUGUGGCUUGGACUGCUCGUGCCAGCACAACGGCACCUGCGACAGGUUCACGGGCUGCUGCCGGUGCCCCGAGGGUUACUACGGCCACUCCUGUGAGCACAGGUGUCCCCUUGGAUUUUAUGGCCUAAGCUGUCUUCAAGCAUGUGCUUGUAAAAAUGGAGCAAGCUGUGACGCAGUGACAGGACAGUGCAUUUGUCCUUUGGGUUACCAAGGGGUCUACUGCGAGAAAGGCUGUGACAGGGGCUGGUUUGGAGAGAGGUGCCAGCACCGAUGUGACUGUGGAGGAGCUCCUUGUGAUCCAGAGACUGGAAAGUGCCUUUGCCCACCUGGGAAGACUGGAGACAAAUGUGACACUGAAUGCAGGUCGGACAAGUAUGGCCCUGACUGCUCCCUGCGAUGCCAGUGUGCCAGCAAAUCCCAGUGCAAUCCGUACAACGGGAACUGCCUGUGCCCAGCCACGUGGAUGGGGCCAACCUGCAAAGAAGGUGGCCCUCCAAAGCUUCCUUUUUAUGAAGAACAAACUCAAGAAAGAGGGAAUAUUUUUCCAAGAGCUCUACAACAGUAACAUUUGGACUAAUAAAUGAACUGUUUUAUAUGCACAGACGGUAUUUGAAUUUGGAUAUGAAACAGCUAUUCAAUUCAGCUUGAAUUGUACUGAAGUAUUCACACUUCUUAUGGAAGACUACAGAGGCCAUUUAGUAGCUGGAUUCUUUUAAAAAGUUGAAUCUGUUUCAUGUAUUUAUUCCUAGCCUCUUCCCCCUCCUUUAAUCUGCUCUGGACAUUCUUUCUGAUAUAUAAUAUAAUUCCUUCUUUGAAAGGUGGGACGUGUUUUUAAUAAGAGCAGUCCCAAAGAGUAUCAGGAUAAGCGGUAUGUAACACAUCAACUUGCAGUGAGCCACACCAUAUAUAAGUGACUUUCUAAAUCCUCUUGACAACCAGCAUGAAGUUUAAUGAGUGUUUCAGGGAUUAUGAAGCCAAUAUGGAUUCACUGCAAAAUCACAUUGCACGGAAACUAGUGGGAUUCACCAAAUUAAUUCCUCUUGGAAUAACAUUGUAUGUUCUAGAAAAGCAUUCAGUCCAAUUUUAAUCUUGCAACUGAAGAAGAAUCCACCACAGUCCAAUUUAAGAAUAUGUACCACGUUGCUAGUGUGGAUUCACUGAUUAGGUCUCCAUCUAUAUCCUGCUUACAUCUGAAUCCAUCUGCCAAAGAGCAUGGUGUCAUCUGUCAGACUCUUACGGCUUUCUGUGGUCUUCCAUCUUGCCAGCUGAGUUUCUCAGUGGUUUGUCAAGCCAAACUGUGCUCAUCAAACAGUGCCUUCUAAUGCAGAAAAGAGUUUUAUCUUGGGUGGAGAAAGCAGAUAGUAAGCAAGGAUAGAUGUUUAAAAAAGAUAAUCUAUGUAUGUGUUAUACAAGGAGUAUAACGUGCUUUUACUGCACAAUAGUUUGAUUAAGUCACCUUUAAAAAAUCCUGAUACUGUUCAAUAGCUGCUGUUGGUCACUUAAUAGAACAAAGACAUUUUGGUGCUAUUUUGUCUGUUUAGACAGGUUGUUCUCUAACAUAGGGCUAUGUCAUUAUAAAGAAAUAAUGUUCUCUAUUUUAGUAUUCUGAGCUGACCAGACUAAAAUAUUUCAGAGUGCCUCUUUAUACCUCUCUUUAGGUUAGGAGUUACAAAAUCUGUGUAGCAACCUCUUGAGUCUGACUAUAUCAAAAGUGCACUUAUUAAAGGACAUCAGGACAUGGACUCAAUAGACUGCCAAAGUACAGGCAGUUCCAGGUCUUGUGCUCACACUACAACAUAACAAAUUGCAACUCUGCAAGAGAAAAUUUUUGUCUUAGAAGAGACAAAGUGACAAUAAUUGAUUCUAUCUUGUGAUUUUUAAAGAUGUUUGUUCUUGCGGUUGAAUAAUGAGUUGGCAGUUUUGCAGCAUGGUUCACCUCGGGUCUUGAACACAUCUUCAGUCAUUAAUUGUCCAGUACAAAGCAAGUGACACGUGCUCACCUGGGUGUUUAAUUCAAACUGUGAUCUGUUGGAAGCAAUACAGGUUGUUAUUCGUCACUUCAUGCUCAAUGUAAAUGUGACAAAAUUGUUGUUGUCCCAAAAAGUAGUCAGAAGUGUGUGGCUCUCAGCAGGGCUUUACUGUCAGCUGUGACAUUUUAAAUGUUCUUUUAGAGAGGUGAUGGCCUAGGUCUGAUCCUAUAAUUAUGUGACAAUAUGGGGCAUUUUCACUGAACUGGAACUGAUAAGGUAAAUCUCAUGUAAGACAACUAGAUAUAAUCUUAUCAACUGCUGGAGAAGAAUGAUCCCGAUUUUGAUCUUGGCUAUGUACUUAUGGCAGAGCCAAACUACAAUAGUAAUGCAAGCGUCACAUUAUAUUCAAGAUUUUUCAUAGAAUCAUAGGGUAAGUCAAGUGGUAAGAGACUUCUGGAGGUCCAGGCUUCUCUUCACAGCCUGGUCAACCCCAAAGAUAAAUGGGUGUGCUCAGCGUUUCAUCCAGUUGAGUUCUGAAUAUCUCCAAGAUCCACCACCUCUGUGAGCCCCUGUCCCAGUGACAAUUUCAUGCUCACAAUUUUUUAUUUUUU